AUGUUGUUGUGGUUGGAGCCGUGGUUGUCGUGGUUGGAGGAGAUGUUGUUGUGGUUGGAGCCGUGGUUGUUGUGGUUGGAGGAGAUGUCGUUGUGGUUGGAGCCGUGGUUGUUGUGGUUGGAGGAGAUGUCGUUGUGGUUGGAGCCGUGGUUGUCUUGGUUGGAGGAGAUGUCGUUGUGGUUGGAGCCGUGGUUGUUGUGGUUGGAGGAGAUGUUGUUGUGGAUGAAGCCGUGGUUGUCGUGGUUGGAGGAGAUGUUGUUGUGGUUGGAGCCGUGGUUGGAGGAGAUGUCGUGGUGGUUGGAGCCGUGGUUGUCGUGGUUGGAGGAGAUGUUGUUGUGGUUGGAGCCGUGGUUGUCGUGGUUGGAGGAGAUGUUGUUGUGGUUGGAGCCGUGGUUGUCGUGGUUGGAGGAGAUGUUGUUGUGGUUGGAGCCGUGGUUGGAGGAGAUGUUGUGGUGGUUGGAGCCGUGGUUGUCGUGGUUGGAGGAGAUGUUGUUGUGGUUGGAGCCGUGGUUGUCGUGGUUGGAGGAGAUGUUGUUGUGGUUGGAAGCCGUGGUUGUUGUGGUUGGAGGAGAUGUCGUUGUGGUUGGAGCCGUGGUUGUUGUGGUUGGAGGAGAUGUUGUGGUGGUUGGAGGCGUGGUUGUUGUGGUUGGAGGAGAUGUUGUGGUUGGAGCCGUGGUUGUCGUGGUUGGAGGAGAUGUUGUUGUGGUUGGAGCCGUGGUUGUCGUGGUUGGAGGAGAUGUUGUUGUGGUUGGAGCCGUGGUUGUCGUGGUUGGAGGAGAUGUUGUUGUGGUUGGAGCCGUGGUUGUCGUGGUUGGAGGAGAUGUUGUUGUGGUUGGAGCCGUGGUUGUUGUGGUUGUAGGAGAUGUUGUUGUGGUUGGAGCCGUGGUUGUCGUGGUUGGAGGAGAUGUUGUUGUGGAUGGAGCCGUGGUUGUCGUGGUUGGAGGAGAUGUUGUUGUGGUUGGAGCUGUGGUUGUCGUGGUCGGAGGAGAUGUUGUUGUGGUUGGAGCCGUGGUUGGAGGAGAUGUUGUUGUGGUUGGAGCCGUGGUUUUCGUGGUUGGAGGAGAUGUUGUUGUGGUUGGAGCCGUGGUUGUCGUGGUUGGAGGAGAUGUCGUUGUGGUUGGAGCCGUGGGUGUCGUGGUUGGAGGAGAUGUUGUUGUGGUUGGAGCUGUGGUUGUCGUGGUUGGAGGAGAUGUUGUUGUGGUUGGAGCCGUGGUUGUUGUGGUUGGAGGAGAUGUCGUUGUGGUUGGAGGAGAUGUUGUUGUGGUUGGAGCCGUGGUUGUCGUGGUUGGAGGAGAUGUUGUUGUGGUUGGAGCUGUGGUUGUAGGAGAUGUUGUUGUGGUUGGAGCCGUGGUUGUCGUGGUUGGAGGAGAUGUUGUUGUGGUUGGAGCCGUGGUUGUCGUGGUUGGAGGAGAUGUUGUUGUGGUUGUCGUGGUUGGAGGAGAUGUUGUUGUGGUUGGAGCUGUGGUUGUCGUGGUUGGAGGAGAUGUUGUUGUGGUUGGAGCCGUGGUUGUCGUGGUUGGAGGAGAUGUUGUUGUGGUUGGAGCCGUGGUUGGAGGAGAUGUUGUUGUGGUUGGAGCUGUGGUUGUUGUGGUUGGAGGAGAUGUUGUUGUGGUUGGAGCCGUGGUUGUUGUGGUUGGAGGAGAUGUUGUUGUGGUUGGAGCCGUGGUUGUCGUGGUUGGAGAUGUUGUUGUGGUUGGAGCUGUGGUUGUCGUGGUUGGAGGAGAUGUUGUUGUGGUUGGAGCUGUGGUUGUCGUGGUUGGAGGAGAUGUUGUUGUGGUUGGAGCCGUGGUUGUCGUGGUUGGAGGAGAUGUUGUUGUGGUUGGAGCCGUGGUUGUCGUGGUUGGAGGAGAUGUUGUUGUGGUUGGAGCCGUGGUUGGAGGAGAUGUUGUUGUGGUUGGAGCCGUGGUUGUCGUGGUUGGAGGAGAUGUUGUUGUGGUUGGAGCUGUGGUUGUUGUGGUUGGAGGAGAUGUUGUUGUGGUUGGAGCCGUGGUCGUUGUGUUGUCGUGGUUGGAGGAGCUGUGGUUGUUGUGGUUGGAGGAGUUAGGAGCUGUUGUUGUUGUGGUUGGAGGAGCUGUGGUUGUCGUGGUUGGAGGAGAUGUUGUUGUGGUUGGAGCCGUGGUUGUCGUGGUUGGAGGAGAUGUUGUUGUGGUUGGAGCCGUGGUUGUUGUGGUUGGAGGAGAUGUCGUUGUGGUUGGAGCCGUGGUUGUUGUGGUUGGAGGAGAUGUCGUUGUGGUUGGAGCCGUGGUUGUCUUGGUUGGAGGAGAUGUCGUUGUGGUUGGAGCCGUGGUUGUUGUGGUUGGAGGAGAUGUUGUUGUGGAUGAAGCCGUGGUUGUCGUGGUUGGAGGAGAUGUUGUUGUGGUUGGAGCCGUGGUUGGAGGAGAUGUUGUGGUGGUUGGAGCCGUGGUUGUCGUGGUUGGAGGAGAUGUUGUUGUGGUUGGAGCCGUGGUUGUCGUGGUUGGAGGAGAUGUUGUUGUGGUUGGAGCCGUGGUUGUCGUGGUUGGAGGAGAUGUUGUUGUGGUUGGAGCCGUGGUUGGAGGAGAUGUUGUGGUGGUUGGAGCCGUGGUUGUCGUGGUUGGAGGAGAUGUUGUUGUGGUUGGAGCCGUGGUUGUCGUGGUUGGAGGAGAUGUUGUUGUGGUUGGAGCCGUGGUUGUUGUGGUUGGAGGAGAUGUCGUUGUGGUUGGAGCCGUGGUUGUUGUGGUUGGAGGAGAUGUUGUGGUGGUUGGAGCCGUGGUUGUUGUGGUUGGAGGAGAUGUUGUGGUUGGAGCCGUGGUUGUCGUGGUUGGAGGAGAUGUUGUUGUGGUUGGAGCCGUGGUUGUCGUGGUUGGAGGAGAUGUUGUUGUGGUUGGAGCCGUGGUUGUCGUGGUUGGAGGAGAUGUUGUUGUGGUUGGAGCCGUGGUUGUCGUGGUUGGAGGAGAUGUUGUUGUGGUUGGAGCCGUGGUUGUUGUGGUUGGAGGAGAUGUUGUUGUGGUUGGAGCCGUGGUUGUCGUGGUUGGAGGAGAUGUUGUUGUGGUUGGAGCCGUGGUUGUCGUGGUUGGAGGAGAUGUUGUUGUGGUUGGAGCUGUGGUUGUCGUGGUUGGAGGAGAUAUUGUUGUGGUUGGAGCCGUGGUUGUCGUGGUUGGAGGAGAUGUUGUUGUGGAUGAAGCCGUGGUUGUCGUGGUUGGAGGAGAUGUUGUUGUGGUUGGAGCCGUGGUUGUCGUGGUUGGAGGAGAUGUUGUUGUGGUUGGAGCCGUGGUUGGAAGAGAUGUUGUUGUGGUUGGAGCCGUGGUUGGAGGAGAUGUUGUUGUGGUUGGAGCCGUGGUUGUCGUGGUUGGAGGAGAUGUUGUUGUGGAUGAAGCCGUGGUUGUCGUGGUUGGAGGAGAUGUUGUUGUGGUUGGAGCCGUGGUUGUCGUGGUUGGAGGAGAUGUUGUUGUGGUUGGAGCCGUGGUUGGAAGAGAUGUUGUUGUGGUUGGAGCCGUGGUUGGAGCCGUGGUUGGAGGAGAUGUUGUUGUGGUUGGAGCCGUGGUUGUCGUGGUUGGAGGAGAUGUUGUUGUGGUUGGAGCCGUGGUUGGAAGAGAUGUUGUUGUGGUUGGAGCCGUGGUUGGAAGAGAUGUUGUUGUGGUUGGAGCCGUGGUUGGAGGAGAUGUUGUUGUGGUUGGAGCCGUGGUUGGAGGAGCUGUUGUUGUCGUGGUUGGAGCUGUAGUUGUCGUGGUUGGAGGAGCUGUGGUUGUUGUGGUUGGAGGAGCUGUAGUAGUCGUGGUUGGAAGAGCUGUAGUGGUUGUGGUUGGAGGAGCUGUUGUUGUCGUGGUUAGAGCCGUGGUCGUUGUGGUUGGAGGAGCUUUAUUUGUAGUUGUUGGAGGAGCUGUUGUUGUCGUGGUUAGAGGAGCUGUUGUUGUUGUGGUUGGAGGAGCUGUAGUUGUAGUGGUUGGAGGAGCUGUAGUUGUUGUGGUUGGAGGAGCUGUAGUUGUUGUGGUUGGAGGAGCUGUAUUUGUCGUGGUUGGAGCUGUGGUCGUUGUGGUUGGAGGAGCUGUAGUUGGGCUGUAG